AUGGCUUCGUAUGCUCCCAGCGCCUCUUCAUCCGAUAUCUCAACGCCUCGGUCAACAUCCCCCUCAUCGUCCUCAGUAGCGUCGGCCCGGUCCUCGCACUCAUCUAUAUCUACCUCUAAGCGCAUGUCCAUCUCGUCUUCGCGCAGAAUAUCCGCCGCCAACCCAAUGUCGUCUGUUGACAUCGCUGCCAUUGAAGAAGCCAUGAGAAUGGCCAACCUCGACACCCUCCGGGGUUACCAGCAAAAGACCUACGGCGAGGUCAAGCAGUUCGCCGAGACGCAGUACCUCUCCCAGAACCAGGCUCUUGGUUACCAGGUCAUCAACGAGCCCAUGUGGAAUAAGGGCCUCUCUUUUACCCCAGAGCAGCGCAUCGCCAAGAACCUCACCGGUCUUAUCCCACACGUCAUGGAGGACUCGGGCAAGCAGUGCGAGCGUGCGCUCAAGAUGAUCCGGACUCGCCAGACCAACAUUGACCGCUAUCUCUAUCUGUCGUCGCUCAAGUACCAGAACGCCGACCUCUUUUACCGCCUGCUCAUCGACAAUGCGAAGGAGCUCAUGCCUCUGGUGUACACUCCCACCAUUGGUGACGUGUGUCUUCAGUAUUCUACUCUCUACACCCGCCCCGAGGCGCUCUACAUCUCCAUCAAGCAGCGCAAGUCGAUAAAGACGAUCCUCAAGAACUGGCCAUAUCCAAAUCCCGAGAUCUGCGUCGUGACAGAUGGGUCUCGCAUCCUGGGCCUGGGCGAUCUGGGCGUCAAUGGCGUUGGCAUUCCGAUCGGCAAGCUAGCCCUGUACACGGCGGCGGCGGGUAUCCACCCGGAUAAGACGCUCCCCAUCGUUCUCGACUGCGGAACGGCCAACGAGACCAACCUCAAGGAUCCACUGUACCUGGGCCUGCGCUCGAAGCGGCCCUCGGUGGCCGAGCAGCAGGAGUUUAUGGACGAGUUCAUGACUGCCGCUGCCGAGGUCUAUCCUGAAAUGGUGGUGCAGUUUGAGGAUUUCGAGUCGGAAAAGGCCUUCAACUACCUGGACCGGUAUCGGAACAAGUACAAGUGCUUCAAUGACGACAUCCAGGGCACUGGCGCUGUUGUUCUCGGAGGCUACAUUGGUGCCGUGAAUCUUUCCGGCGUUCCUCUCGAGGAGCAGCGCCUCGUCUUCAUGGGUGCUGGCUCUGCCGGUGUCGGUGUCGCCAAGCAGCUUGUAGAGUACUACACCAAGCGUGGUCUCUCCGAGCAGGCGGCCAAGGACAAGUUCUGGCUUGUCGACACCAAGGGCCUCGUAACCAAGGACCGCGGUGACAAGCUCGCCGAGCACAAGAAGUACUUUGCUCGCGGCGACAACAACGGCCUCCAGUUCAAGUCACUUGAGGAGGUUAUCGAGUACGUCAAGCCAACCGCUCUUGUUGGCUUGACUGCCACCUUUGGCGUCUUCACCGAGUCUGUCGUCCGCGCCCUCAAGGCUUCUGUGGACGCCGGUGGUCUCGGCCGCAGACCCAUUCUCUUCCCUCUCAGCAACCCCCUCACCAAGGCCGAGUGCACUUUCGAGCAGGCCGUCACCUGGACUGAUGGCACCGUCAUCUUUGCCUCUGGCUCUCCCUUUUCUCAGUUCACCAUCAAGCUCGGCAGCGACCAGGCCAUCACCUACUACCCCAACCAGGGCAACAACGUCUAUGUCUUCCCUGGCAUCGGCCUCGGCGCCAUCCUCGCCAAGGCCACCCGUGUCACCGACAACAUGAUCUACACCUCUGCUGCUGCCCUUGCCGGGUCCCUGAACGCCGAGGAGGUGCACAAGGGUCUGAUCUACCCUCGCAUUGAGCGCGUGCGUGAUGCCAGCGUGAUUGUUGCCCGCGAGGUGAUGAAGGCUGCGCGUCGGGAUGGUGUGAGUGCCCUGCCCGAGGAGCAAUGGCUUACCUGGGAGGAGUGGGGUGACCCGGCUCUUGAUAAGUAUAUCAAGGAGCAUAUUUAUGACCCUGCUCUUUAA